AUGCUCAUGAGUCAGGAAGCUUUUCCUAAACACCAGGAAGAGAAAAGCAAAAACCAACUGGUAGGCAGUAAGUUUAAAAUGAACAAAAGGACGUUCUUCUUGACACAGCGUGUCAUUCGUGUGUGGAACUCCUUGCCACCACGUGUCGUGGAAGUUGGCAGCCUGGGCUCCAGCCGCGCGUCUUCGCCGGAGCCCGACGAGCUGUUCGUGCAGGGCCGCGGCAAGGCGGGCUCGGGGGGCGCCGCCGUGUCCAGCUCCACGCCCGGCGAGUCGGCGGCCGAGCUGAGCGCCGAGCUGCGCAGCGCCAUGAGCGCGGCGGGCGUGGUGGUGGUGGCGGCGGCGGACAAGCUGGCCUUCAAGGCGUCCUCGGCCUCGUCCUCGUCGUCCGCCUCGCCGCCGGGCUGCAAGAAGGACAAGAAGCAAAUGACGGAGCCAGAGCUGCAGCAGCUGCGCCUCAAGAUCAACAGCCGCGAGCGCAAGCGGAUGCACGACCUCAACAUCGCCAUGGACGGGCUCCGCGAGGUGAUGCCCUACGCGCACGGGCCGUCGGUGCGCAAGCUGUCCAAGAUCGCCACGCUGCUGCUGGCGCGCAACUACAUCCUCAUGCUCACCAACUCGCUGGAGGAGAUGAAGCGCCUGGUCAGCGAGAUCUACGGCGGGCACCACGCCGGCUUCCCCCCGGCCGCCUGCCCCGCCGGCGUGGCAACAUUUUCUGCUAGGUAG